CGCUCGGCCCGGCGCGCGGGGCGGUCCCGGUGGGAGGUGCCGCCCCGCUCCGCGCCGACACGGCCGGGGCCGGGGCGCUGCUUCUGCUUCUGCGCACCCCGCACCGAAACCGCUUCGCUCGGGCACGGAGAGGGCCGGGGGGAGUCUCCCCCGGCGGCGGCGCCGCGGCCAUGGACGAGCAAAGCGUGGAGAGCAUUGCUGAAGUAUUCCGAUGUUUUAUUUGUAUGGAGAAAUUGCGUGAUGCACGUCUGUGUCCUCAUUGCUCCAAGCUGUGCUGUUUCAGUUGUAUUCGGCGUUGGUUGACUGAACAGAGAGCUCAGUGCCCUCAUUGUAGAGCCCCGCUGCAGCUGCGAGAGCUUGUAAACUGCCGUUGGGCAGAAGAGGUCACGCAGCAGCUCGAUACCCUGCAACUGUGCAAUCUCACAAAGCACGAAGAAAAUGAAAAAGACAAGUGUGAAAAUCAUCAUGAAAAGCUUAGUGUUUUCUGCUGGACAUGUAAAAAAUGCAUCUGCCACCAGUGUGCGCUUUGGGGAGGAAUGCAUGGAGGACACACUUUUAAGCCACUGGCAGAAAUCUACGAGCAACAUGUCACGAAAGUAAAUGAGGAAGUGACAAAGCUUAGGAGAAGACUCAUGGAACUGAUCAGUUUGGUUCAAGAAGUGGAGAGGAAUGUGGAGGCAGUGCGUAGCGCGAAGGAUGAACGAGUUCGGGAAAUCAGGAAUGCAGUGGAGAUGAUGAUUGCUCGGUUAGACACUCAGCUGAAGAAUAAGCUUAUAACAUUAAUGGGUCAAAAGACAUCGCUUACUCAAGAAACUGAACUUCUGGAAUCCCUGCUUCAAGAAGUAGAACAUCAGUUACGGUCAUGCAGUAAGAGUGAGUUGAUAUCCAAAAGUUCAGAGAUCCUGAUGAUGUUCCAGCAGGUUCAUCGGAAGCCUAUGGCUUCAUUUGUCACUACUCCUGUCCCCCCCGACUUCACAAGUGAGUUGGUUCCAGCCUACGACUCAACUACGUUUGUCUUGGAAAACUUCAGUACGUUGCGCCAGCGAGCAGAUCCUGUUUACAGCCCACCUCUUCAAGUGUCAGGACUUUGCUGGAGGUUAAAAGUUUAUCCAGAUGGAAACGGAGUAGUACGAGGCUACUACCUGUCUGUGUUCUUGGAGCUGUCAGCUGGAUUGCCAGAGACAUCCAAGUACGAGUACCGUGUAGAAAUGGUUCACCAGUCCACCAACGAUCCCACUAAAAAUAUAAUUCGGGAAUUCGCCUCCGAUUUUGAAGUUGGAGAAUGCUGGGGUUACAACAGGUUCUUUCGUUUAGACUUGCUAGCCAACGAAGGCUAUUUAAACCGGCAAAACGACACGGUGAUCCUAAGGUUCCAAGUGCGCUCACCGACCUUCUUCCAGAAGUGCCGAGAUCAACACUGGUACAUUGCUCAAUUGGAAGCAGCUCAGACCAGUUAUAUCCAACAAAUAAAUAACCUUAAGGAAAGGCUUGCGAUUGAACUUUCCCGGACUCAGAAAUCACGAGGCAUUUCACCUCCAGACACUCAUCUUAGUCCCCAGAAUGAUGAUGGUCCAGAAACAAGGUCCAAGAAAUCUGGACAAAGCACUGAAGUACUACUUGAGAAUGUUGCUGCUCCAGGAUUAGCGCGAGAUAGCAAGGAAGAGGAGGAAGAGAAGAUCCAGCAUGAAGACUUUAAUCAUGAGCUCUCUGAUGGUGACUUGGAUAUAGAUCUUGGUGGAGAAGAUGAGGUGAACCACCUUGAUGGUAGCAGCUCUUCAGCUAGUUCAACCGCAACUAGUAACACUGAAGAAAACGAUAUUGAUGAAGAAACUAUGUCUGGAGAAAAUGACGUGGAAUAUAGCAGUAACAUGGAGUUGGAAGAAGGAGAUCUUAUGGAGGAUGCAGCAGCUGCUGCUACUCCUGGAGCAUCAGGUACCAGCCAUGGCUACACCAGUGCAAGUGGAAGAGCUUCAAGGCGGGGAGGAAGCGCUCUAGGCUCGACAGCCAGUAGCAGUUUGCUAGAUAUAGACCCCUUAAUUUUAAUCCACCUGCUGGAUCUAAAAGACAGAAAUGGUAUGGAAAACCUUUGGGGCCUUCAGCCACGUCCGCCUUCUUCUCUUCUGCACAACAGAGCAUCAUCCUAUUCCCUAAAAGAUCGAGAUCAACGGAGACACCAGGCGAUGUGGCGCGUCCCACCUGACUUGAAGAUGCUGAAAAGACUUAAAACUCAGAUGGCUGAAGUUCGAAGCAAAAUGUCCGAUGUGAAAAACCAACUAUCGGAAGUGAGAAGCAGCAAUGCAGCUUCAUGUGAUGGACAGCCCAGCUUCUUCUCCAUUGAGCAAGGUGCUUUAGCUGCCUGUGGAACGGAAAGCUGCAGCAAGCUCCAAGAAAUAGGAAUGGAACUACUGACAAAGUCUUCAGUUACUGGUUGUUACAUAAGGAAUUCUGCAAGUAAGAAAAGUAACUCUCCCAAGCCUCUUCGCUCUGGAGCAGCAGGUAGCCUGUCUCUACGAAGAGCUAUGGACUGUGGGGAUAGUAAUCUUCGCUUAAAGGGAGACGGUCAAACUUCUGAAGGCGGCCUAGGGAGUUCGAAGUUGAGCAGUCGGCAUCACCCUCCCAGGCCCCUGGUUAACAGCAGCGCUUCGGAGGCACUGCCUAAGCCAGAGGAAAGACCUGGUGAAGGUUCAGAUUCUGAUGCAGGAGCUGCUGGCUUAAAUGGCUUAGCUGCUGUAGAGAAGAGCAGAAAAGCUGGUGCUCUAGGAUCCAGUUCUAAAGGAUGUCGUACGGAAGGAACACAGUCAGGUGGUCUGGAAAACAACUCUGAAACUGGUGAACUGCAGGGUAUGCUUUCUGAAGGUGCUUCUGCAGGGCCAGAAGAAGCUGGGGUAUGUCAGAAGCAUGUCCUUCAUCUCCUACCAGGAAUGAGCAGUGACAGUGACAUUGAAUGUGACACAGAAAACGAAGAGCAGGAGGAUGCCACCUCUGCCUCGGAGGGGUUUAACAAUGCCUUCUCGAUCCAGUCCUCAAGCGAAGUCUCAGAGCGGUGCUCAAUGUUCCCAGAUAGUGAUCAAGUUGGUCCCGAUGACCUCAGUUUCGUUACUGGAGAAGAUGGCACCAGCAGGUAGAGCGUGGGCUCGGGGCCUGAAGACCUCCUCGUGCGUGUCCCUGGGAAGAGGUGUGUUUAUUCCCUGGAGCUUGGUCCGAGGCUGUUGUUCAUGGCUGUGUGCGCACUCCAUUCUGUCAGAUACCCUUGUGUGGUUCUUCUACAGUUGUCUUAAACCUGGGACUGGGGCAAAACGACCUUUGAAGGCCUCGCACUGAAGGUUGCAUUCCUGCUGGCUCGGCCAGCUACAGGUGCUCUGAAAAAGUCUCCAAAAGGUGCUGGAGCCCUGUUUCAGGCUGUGUCCCCUCUCGUGUCAUUGGAAUAACCACCAGUGUGUGAGCAUCCUCAUUUUAAAUGGUAUGAAGAGUGGUGGAAGGAUAAAACAGCUGGCACAGAGGCGGUCGCUUUCCUCAGUCUGUGCUGUGGACCAACUGAACACAUUGCCAAACUCUUUGCCACUGUGCGUUGCAUUUUGAGCUGCUAAACUACUUGUGAAGCUACAAUGAAAGCCGAAUAGCUGGUUAGUGACAAAGCAUGAAUAGCUGUAACCGAUAGUUGUCCUUGUCUCGGCUGGCUCUACUGAUGUUCAGUUCUGUGUGGGUGUCCCACGGUGUCUGUGCUGUACAACUCAUAGUUUGAAACUGUUUGCACUUUGUUAAUAAAAUAAAUGUUGAAAUCUG